GCGCUCAUUCGUAUUCUUAAUAACGUCGACCGUCCCACUCUUUCCCAUCAUCCACCUGGCCCAGCUAAGCCAUCUCCGUCGCCAUCAUGGCCGAAGCAUUUGGCGUUGCGGCCGGUGCUUUCAGCGUCGUCGCACUGGUGGGGCAUAUCAUCCAAAGCAUCGAAAAGCUUCGAGCGCUGCGAAGCUUUAUCAAAACCAUACCUGAUGAGUUGCAAGGUUUGAUUGAUGAUAUUGAACUUGUCCAGGGCGUUUUGAAAACAACCACGCUGGAUAUGCUGCAGGUUGCCGAUAUUCCAUCUAUAGAGCGGCGAUUGAAUACCUUCCAAACUGAUCUGGAAGGGCUUAUAUCCAAUAUCCAAAAAUAUCAGUCUUCUACUGGUCGACGGAUGGGGGCUAUUAAAUUGUUUAUGAAGAAGGAGGAGAUUGUUGCCCAGAGGAGGAAUUUGGAGAAUAUCAGGAAUACAUUAGGGUCACUGCAAUGGACAUACUGCUGUAUCGCCCUACGAGAAUUAGGUCCGAUAAUACGCAUGCAGAAGCCCGAUGGAGGAAAAGGCGACACGGUACCCUACGAAGAGCCGGCCGAGAAUAAACAGAUAUUCAGGCAUCGACAUAAAUCAAAGAAUGCAGAAUCACAAGCCGUAAAAAGAAUCACCUGGGAAUUACGAUUUCGCACACCACUAUUUGUUAUUGACAAGAUCUGGUCUCUACAGGCAAAGCGUUGCUACUCCGGCUGGAACUUCAACUUCCGAACACACAAUGUUGUGCCUGGUGAUGCACCAAUACUCGAUGCCUGUUGGGAUGGCGACAUUGAAGAAAUACAGAGACUCUUUUCAGCUGGACUAGCGUCGGCGUAUGAUUGCGACAUGGACGGGGUCAGUGGAUUACAAUGUGCUGCUUUAAACCAUAAUCUUGAGGUUUGCCAGUUCCUUCUCGAGAAUGGCGCAGAUCCAGAUCAUGCGGACCGUUGGAACAACACUCCGCUCAAUUACUUAAACGACCGCGCACCUGAUUUGAUCGAGAAGAUUCCCCUAGCAAUUGAAUUAUACCGACUUUUGAUUAACGCUUCAGUUGACUCAGUGGAUCCAUUUGAAGACCUCAGAACUGAAUACUCGAAAUAUUGGCUCGAUGGAUUCCGAGGCCCCUCCGAGGUCCUUGUCAUGAUGCAGCAGUACACCUUCGCAGACUACACCAGCCUCCCCCUCCAGACACGCUUCAAUCGGACAAUGGCUCUGAAUAGCCUUUGUGCGACCCCCGAUAUAUUGGAAAUCGCUAUGGGGGGGUCUAUCGAGCCCGACUCAUAUCGCUUGAAAGAUGAAUAUGAUGAUACUCUUCUCCACAAGUUGGCCGAAUGUAUGGGAUCAGACCUGUCAAAGGAUGAAAAGGAUGCCACACAUAAAUGGCGACGACUGCUUCGAGAUGCCAUCGCUGCAUCCGCCGAUUUAAAUAAACUGAUAGAGCCCGAUACCUACGGCAGAACACCGCUCGUCUCAUUUUUGGAUCACUUUAUUUGGAACGGGAAAGCAAUCAGACGAGCUCAGUAUGACUUCAAUCCUGCUCUUCGUACCUGGGUAUCUGAGUUAAGGUCCGCCGGUGUUGAUAUGGAGGCCUACGGUGCAAAAGAGAGCGCUUUCGUCGAGGAAUUUGGGUUAGGGUAUAAAGCAUAUGUCGGGCCCCUUAGAUCCAGGUCAAUUAUUUACAGAUACAAAGAUGAAGAUUUAUUUCUGUUUCAUCUUUGGAAGCUUUCAUAUGGUCCUGAGCCUGAGGACUGGGCGGCCUGGGUAAUGAACCCAAUUGACGAGCUGGUGGGAGAAUUCUGGGAGAUGGUGGAAAGGGAGGAAGAAGUUAUGCCUGGGACUUGGGUUGAGUGACAUGUAUUUCAAUUUAAAGCGUGAUUGCAUAGCGUAGAAGGAGCAUUUCUUAACCUAUAUAUACCCUUUUGCUAGAAUUCCAUUCACUAUACAAUGUGAA